GGAGAAAAAAAGAAAGAAAAGGAAAGAAAAAAGAGAGAGAACUGGAGCGCGAACAAAGGGGAGAACCGCACCACCUCAUAUCCUCGCUGGUCGAAUCAAUUUCACCCCAAAACAUCGCCCCGUCGCCAUCUCCAUCGCCCCUGCAAAAUUUGCGUUUCAGCCUCUUAUUAUCGGCGGAUUGAUCAGGUUUUUAUUCGUCUCCUUCUCGCCGGAAUUGAAUCGGAUCGACUUCAAUUGGAACUCAGGUCCAUCGAACUAUAGCGGAUAUGGGGAGCCCGAAGAAGAGCCAGAGCAAGGGUUUCUUCGCGUCCAUGUCGUCGGGAUUGUCGAUGUUCAGCAGCGCCCUGCAUAGAUCUGUCAACGGAUUGCUUGGAUACGAAGGAUUGGAAGUUAUAAAUCCUGAAGGAGGUAAAGAAGAUGCCGAAGAUGAAGCACAUAGAGGCAGAUGGAGACAGGAGGAACGAGAUAGCUACUGGAAGAUGAUGCAGAACUACAUAGGAGCUGAUGUUACAUCGAUGGUGACGCUUCCUGUUCUUAUAUUUGAGCCAAUGACAAUGCUUCAAAAAAUGGCAGAGUUAAUGGAAUACUCCCAUCUUUUAGAUAAGGCAGAUGAAUGUGAGGAUCCAUACAUGCGACUGGUCUAUGCAACAUCAUGGGCAAUAUCUGUUUACUAUGCCUACCAACGCACGUGGAAGCCUUUUAAUCCAAUUCUUGGUGAGACUUAUGAAAUGGUGAAUCAUGGUGGGAUUACAUUUAUUUCUGAGCAGGUGAGCCAUCAUCCUCCAAUGAGUGCCGGGCAUGCUGAGAAUGAGCAUUUCAUAUAUGAUAUUACAUCAAAGUUGAAAACCAAAUUUUUGGGAAAUUCGGUUGAUGUUUAUCCUGUUGGAAGAACACGAGUGACUCUUAAAAGGGAUGGUCAUGUCUUGGAUUUGGUUCCGCCACCCACAAAGGUAAACAAUUUGAUUUUUGGCCGGACAUGGGUGGAUUCACCUGGAGAAAUGAUCAUGACCAAUAUGACAACGGGGGAUAAAGCUGUGCUCUACUUUCAACCUUGUGGUUGGUUUGGGGCUGGGCGAUAUGAGGUUGAUGGAUAUGUUUACAAUGCUGCCGAGGAACCAAAGAUACUGAUGACAGGGAAAUGGAAUGAAUCAAUGAGCUUUCAACCAUGUGACAUGGAAGGUGAGCCUCUUCCUGGCACAGAACUUAAAGAGGUCUGGAGACUUGCUGCUGUUCCACCAAAUGAUAAGUUUCAGUACACUCACUUUGCUCACAAAAUUAACAGUUUUGAUACUGCUCCCAAAAAGUUGCUAGCAUCUGAUUCUCGUUUGCGCCCUGAUAGAGCUGCUCUUGAAUUAGGCGAUUUGUCCAAAGCCGGUGCUGAAAAGAGCAGGUUGGAAGAGAAGCAAAGAGCUGAAAAGAGAAGCCGUGAGGAAAAUGGGCAUCAGUUCACACCGAGAUGGUUUGACAUGACCGACGAAGUUAAUCCAACACCAUGGGGAGAAUUAGAAAUUUACAGCUAUAAUGGCAAGUACAGUGAACAUCGUGCUGCUUUAGAUUCUUCUGGAAGCAUUGAUGCGGAAGAUCCGAGAUCAGUGGAGUUCAAUCCGUGGCAGUAUGGUGAUGCGGUUUCUGGGUGAGAAGUCUAUCAAAGUUUUUUUUGGUUGCAGUAUACAUUUUGCACUGUGGUUUGUGUACUAUAUAUGUCUCUGUGUACAAUGUUGGAGUGUCUGUUCGUCUUAGUGGCUAAGUUGUAUUUGCCUGUUUUAGGGGGGAUGAAAUCUCUCUCUCUAUUGUGAUUUAUGUGAUUCCAAGCAUUUCUCACUCUACACCUCAAAAACCUGCAUUUCUUUGAUACAAUUUGGUGUGUCCCAAACAUGUAUCAAAUGUUGCUCAAAUUGGUGGAGCAAAUUACUCAAAGUAGUGCUAAACUACAUUGGUUUGUUUUGAUGCACUCAUGUAUAAUGAUCGACCAAUAAACCUAACCAAUGAAUGUAAGGUUAUUUG